AUGGGCAACACCAAUGCAGGCGGCGGUGUCGGUGGCGACGGCCGAGGCGACGGCCGCGGCAGCUCCACCAAGUCACGCGGUUCCGACCGCCCCUACGCCAUUGACCUGUACGGCAGCUUGGACCGCCGCGGCGACUCGCCUCGCGGUGAUGAGACCCGUUUCGACUUUGCCAACUCCUCCUCCUCCUCUUCAGGCACUGCCCCGGGCAGGCGGCGGCCGGUGCUCUGCUACCAGGGCUCCACGGACUACGGCAAUGAGGACACCGUUGAGGACUACAAGAAUCACCUCAACAGCUCCAGCCAGGGAAUCGGCGCAUUCAAUGAUCAAAAGCUGCCGACAGUAUUUAAGUGGGAGGGUGGCGGCAAGGAAGUUUUCGUCACGGGCACCUUCUCCGAGUGGAAGCCGCUGAAGAUGUCCCAGAGCCAGGGCGAUUUUGUCACGGUGGUCGACAUUCCUGAGGGCGUCCACAAGUUUAAGUUCGUCGUCGAUGGUGUGGAAACAGUCGAUCGAAAUGCUCCACUCGAUGACAACAAAGCCCACAACGUGAUGAACGUGAAGAAGUCAGACUUUGAGGUCUUUGAGGCGCUGGCCAUGGACCUGGCCUCAAACAAUACCGGCAACAACAAGCCUGGCUCGUACACGCAGGAGAUUCCCUCAGCGGAUGGCCACACCGGUGUACCCAGCACUGCGCCGCCCUUUCUCCCGCCACACCUCCUUCAGGUGAUUCUCAACAAUCCCUCGACAAACUUCUGCGAGCCGACGUUGCUUCCGCAGCCGAACCACGUGAUGUUAAACCAUCUGUACGCUCUCUCCAUCAAGGACGGCGUGAUGGUUCUCAGUGCCAUUCAUCGUUACCGGAAGAAAUACGUGACGACGCUCCUUUACAAGCCAAUAUAA